AUGGCCUCUGCCUCUGCCAGAAGGAAAAAGUUCCAAGAACGACAACAGCAGCAGGCGCUAGAUCGAGAGAAACUCGCAGAGCACAAGAGGAGGAUUUUGAUAUUUGACCAUAUGGCGGAGCAUCUUUCCGACACUGCGGAGGGGCUUGAUAGAGAGGACUCGGCAGACGAGGUCGAUAUGGACAAUGGACGUUUCGAUCGGGAGUCGUCCGUGGAGACACCUUCCGAGAGGAGCAUUUUGACGCCAGAUGAAAUGGCUCAGAACAAAGCUUGUUUUGACAAACGAGGCUCACCUGAAGCGGAUCGAGUUGCAGGUCUCAAAAUACAGAUACCAGAUGAAGAGGAGGUUCUUCAGCAUAUGGACAUAGACGAGGGUCGUGUCGUCGUGUCGACUUCUCCGAAACCCCACCUCCAAGCUUCCCUGGCGUCCUGGUCCGACUUCAGAUACGACCGCUACUCUGCAGUUCUCGAGUCUCCACUGUCAGAAACUCUCAGUCCUGAACUUGACAAUGACGAAACGUUUUCGCCCAUCGAAACGGCCACGCCGAUUUCCUACCAGCAACCAAAAUCUCGGCCUUCCCUUAUUUCAAUUGUUAGCGUUUCCCACCGAGGCAAACGAAGGACGGCCUCUAUGCAGAGUCCCUCAUUGCCAAAUGUGCCGCCAACAUCGGAACGACCGAGUAAACGCCAGUCGAUGAGUAGUGUGCAUUCUGGGUUUCUAGCCGCGGAAGCUACACUGUUCGAAGUCCCAAGCCUACCCGAGAAUGCUUUCGAGCGCAUAGCCAAUGCCAGUCAAGAAUCGCUCCCGUUGUCAACCAAGGAGCCAACCAGAUCCAAAGCCGACAGGAAGUCCAGUAUGCCGCGAUUGUCGACCGCACUCAGUCACGCACGCAUGAGCAGUAUCAAAAGCUUCAUCAAGACGCCCACGUCUGCGACAACACCUGUGCCACCCACACAAUUGUUGUCUCGGCCUUCAAGUCAUAUGAGCAGACCUUCCACUGCAAAUACACAAGCAGUGGAUGCCUAUUCUCUUAUGAGACAUCCUGCCGCAUCGACAAGUUCGAGCAACCUUUCUUCUGUCACGCCCCCUCUCACAUCUCAGAAUGCUUCCGCUUCAAUGGUGGCGACGGCCAACUCCAACAUGACGGCGCUCCCAUCGCUCCCGACUCCUCCGGCAGAUGAAGAUGGUUCAGAUCCCUUGGCGACCAGACCAGCCAUGCAGAGAAAGAAGUCUUUCUCCGCUCUACGGAGACGAAGUGAGAGUAUUGGACAGGCAAUUAAAGGAUUGGGCAAGAUUACGACCAAGCACGAUGUUCCAAUCCCAACCAACCCAGGUCUGAUGACUCCCAAAAAAUCACAGGCGUUUGAUUUAUCUAAAUUCCCCACUCCACCUCUCCCUUCUCCUCGGACUGGUAAAAGUAGUGCCGGCUCAUUUACUUCGACCAGGACACCGAGUAGUGGAGGUCAUAUAGGGUUAGGGCUGCGGAGUGUUGAUGGAUUCGCACAAAGGUAA